CUUCUCAGAACCCACAAACCGGCUCCGGAGCAGAUGAGAAUUGCUCCGAGAGCUGUCGUGUGCUGUAGGCACACAUGCUAAUAAAUCAGCAGGAUCUCGUCUGCAGUGAUGCUGGAUGCUCUGGCUUUUUGGGACGUUGCCGGUGGCGUGAGUUGCAGUGGGGGUUCUCACUUGGGUGUUCCCAGCGCCUCUGCUAAGGGAGGUGAGCGUGUUUUUAUCCAGUGCAGAUUCGGACACAAUACACGUUUACUGACGUGGGAACUUGUUUGAAUUUUCUGCACCACAUCUGCAACUCGUGUAAAGUGAUCUAUGAGCAGUCACUCUCAAAGGACCUGAGGCAGUUAAAACAUAAACCUCCUUGCAAUUCAGCUGUCUUAGUGCUCCUUCCACUCUUAAAAAAAAAAAAAAAAAAAGUUUAUUUGGUAUGCUCCUGAGUUUUUGUUGUAGUCAAGGAAGUAAACAUGCAAACAGGAUCUCCUGUAUCUUGGUUCAUCCUGCGUGAUAGUAAUUUCAUUCCUAAAGUCGUAAUUCACUUUGCGAGCGCAAGUCAGAUUUCCUUUUUGAUAGCAGGGUCGUAAGCGGGUGCCGGAUUCGGGCAAAGACUGGUGAUGUGCAGCGCGGCGCUGUGUCGUUUGAAGCUGGUGCUCGGCCGGGGUGUGCAGUCCGGGUUGGUUAAUGAGAGAGGAGCUGCGCGUGGGGACCAGCAGAAACCCCCGGUGCGGGCGCGUUGGGUGCGCUGUCCGCGUUGGGGUCGCGGUUGGGGUUUCUGCGAUGCUGGCAGGGGGGAUGCUGGCCGGUCUGGUACCGAGGCCUCGGGAGCAGCUUGAUUUCCGUGCAGCAGCAGCUCUGCGUGGCCGUCACUUCCUCCGGCAGCUCGUCACGGCCCCGGAGCGCAGCCCUGCGUGCCGGCGCCCGUCUGCACCGACCCCCGGCUCUGCCGCCUCUCGGGGGCGGGGGGGGGCGCCCUGAGGUUUCCUUGGGCCGUGGCGAUGCAGCCGAAGCGGACCCAAAGCCGUGCUCGUUUUGGCUGCGCUGGGUAGCUUCUGACAUGAAGAAAGAUAUAGAGUCUUUAAUAGUCCAAGAAAAAGAGGAGAUCAUUGCCAAGUAUGAGAAGGGAAGGCAGGAGGGAGCUCAGAUUGACCUGUGGGAAGAUGCUGAUUUCACGCUCUAUAAAGUUACAGACCGGUUUGGAUUCCUGCACGAGCAGGAGCUGCCGACCCGCACCGCCUUGGAGGAGAAGCAAAAACAGCAGGAAAUUGAACGUGUGGACAAGUGGCUAAAGAUGCUGAAGAAAUGGAGCAAAUACAGAAACAGUGACAAGAUGUGCCGGCGAGUAUACAAAGGGAUCCCGCUUCAGGUGCGAGGCCAGGUCUGGUCGCUUCUGCUGGAUGUUGAGAAGAUGAAGAAGGAAAAUGAAGGAAAAUACGAGCAAAUGAAAGAGCAAGCGAAGAGCUUUUCAUCGGAAAUCAAGCAGAUAGAUUUGGACGUUAACCGCACCUUCCGGAACCACAUCAUGUUUCGAGAUCGCUACGGAGUGAAGCAACAGGCACUCUUCCAUGUCCUGUCAGCAUACUCAGUUUAUAACACCGAGGUGAGCUACUGCCAAGGGAUGAGCCAGAUCGCGGCCAUCCUCCUGAUGUACUUAAACGAAGAGGAUGCGUUUUGGGCACUGGCACAGCUGCUGACCAACCAGCGGCACGCCAUGCACGGUUUUUUCAUUCCUGGAUUCCCGAAGCUGCAGAGAUUCCAAGCUCACCACGAGCAGAUUUUAAGCAAACUGUUUCCCAAACUGAAGAAGCACAUGGACAAGGAGCAGAUGACUACGGGGAUUUACACGACCAAGUGGUUCCUGCAGUGUUUCAUCGACAGGACCCCCUUCACCCUCACCUUGCGGCUGUGGGACAUCUACAUCCUGGAAGGCGAGCGGGUACUGACGGCCAUGGCUUACACCAUCCUCAAACUGCACAAAAAGCGCUUGCUGAAGAUGACACUGGAAGAUUUACGGGAGUUCCUGCAGGAGAAAAUCGCCGCUUCCCUGCAGUACGAGGAUGAUGCCGUCAUCGAGCAACUGCAGGUGUCGAUGACGGAACUGCGCAAGAUGAAAUUUGACCUCCCCCCGCCAGCGAAGCCUGAGGAGUUCCCGCGGAAACCCCUGGGCCUGGAGCUCUCCCUCAACCCAGUAACCGUGAAAGGCAACGUGGCAGCCAACAGCCAGAAUGGCCAGGUGGGCGAGCACCCCCCAGACAGGGACCCCCAGCCCCACAGAGCUCCCGGGGCACCGGGAGGAACGGUGGCGGUGGAGGCAAGGACUCCCACCCUCCGGGGCAGUGAAGCAGCUGAAGCGAUGGACGUCCACCUGAAUCCUCCUGGCAGGGGGCCGUCAGGAGAUGAGGCUCAGGCAGUGGCCCCCGGGGACGGGCAACCGCUGCCUCUUCUGAAGGCAAGCGAGGUGCAGGCCCACCAGCCCCUCCUGCCCGCGGCCCUGCCUCCGGAGCAGCCUCUUCUCCCUCCCAGCCGUGACACGGCGGACCACGGGCCGGGCUCCCUCCCUGCCCUGGCCGAGCACACGUCCUUGGACUCCUCCCUCCAAAACACCCCGAGCCCUCCCGACUCGAGCACCGCUGAGCUUUCAGCUACAGACCACACGGUACGGCAGCCAAAUCCUGCUGCCCCGCCGGCGGGCGCGCGAGCAUCGUCCUUCCGCGAGGCGAAGGCGCUCGGGGCGCUCCCUCAUCAUCCUCCGGGGAGCUGGCAGCGGCCCCGGGGCACGCCGUACGGGGAGGAGGAGGCGGCCGGGGCGCGCUGCGGCGCGGAGCUGCCGGACGAAACGGACUGGAAGCGCUUGGCAUCCAAAGCAGCGUCCACGGGGGAGCUGGCCGGCACGCCGCGGAACGGGCCGGGGGCGGGCAGCAGCGUGCCCGUGUUAUGCGGCGGCGGCGGUGGCGGUGGGCCGGGGGUGACGGGGAACAGCCCCUACACCCUUAUCAAAACCACCACUCCCCGCCAGCUGGCCCACGCGACGGAGCGGGACCUCUCGAACAGGAGGCAGGUGGCAGCGCCCCUGCCCGCCGCCUCCGCGCCGCCGCCGCCGCCUCUUGUGCUGGACCCGGAGGAGGUCGAUGCCCAAAAAAGCCUCCAGAAACCAUUAAACGCACUGAAAGCCCCACCGCCCCCGCUGAGCCCCAAACCAAAAUUACCGCCACAGGUCGCCAAAUCCCACUCGGAGAACAGUUUCCUUUCGGGCUCUCCGCCCCCGGCCAAGCUGCCCAAGUCGGUGACCUUCUAGUGGGGAUGGGAGGAGGUGAGGGAGAGGAAGCGGGUGCUGCAGCAGCACCCUGGCCCUGUUUUCAGGACAGACACCCCCCCUUCAGCAGGGCUGUGUCGGGGUGACAGCACAACAGCCACCGCCUGCCAAGCUGUGCUUUGGUACAAGCGCCCAGCGAGGGGAUGGAGUGGUGGCCGCCCGAGCCAGGAAGCACCAGCAAAUUGGGUUUGCAUCUCUCCUACGGACAAAUUGGAAAGCGCUUUCGUUUUUGCGUUCCUCGAAGCUCCCCGAGCCUCGGCGCGUGCGUGGGGAGAGGCGGGGCUGGUGAAUGUGUUGCAUGUUUUCUUCUGCUCCUGCCCGCCGUGGGGACCCGUAGCUGCGGGCGCGGGUGCGAGGCAUAGGGGUCCCAAAAGCUUUCUUUACGAUGUCUGAUCAGCGCAGCCGGCGGCAUUGCUUUCAAAAGCUUUCGUAGCAAUAGAUCUUGGUUUCUUUUCCCAGCGCUGGAGGCGGCAGCACUUUGGGGCAGGGCCGUGGGGUUCUGCUGCCUGCUUGGGGCCUUUCCGUUGGCUGAACAGGAGAAGCGGCUGCUGCCUCAGGAAACCUCCUGCCUUCGCUAGCGAGCGGCUGGAGUGGUGAUGGUGUCCAAUCGCGGCGCCCGAGCCGAAGCCCACUUUUACUUUGAGCAAGUUAAGCGCCAGGGUGGAAAUGGCACAGGGGCUGGGGAAGGGGAGCACAUCGCCCAGAACCUCAUCUCGGCCCUUCUGGGUUAGCCCACCCAGAAAUCAACAGCUAAGAAAAGCAACCUGAGGUUUGGAAGAUGCUGCUGGCGAGCAUCCGGGUCACCACAGCCCACUGCUGAGGAGCUAAAGCAGUGGCUGCCCACUCGUGCACCAAGUCCCGGUGCCCUGGCCCUCCCCUCCCCGUCCCGGGAUGUCGCUGCUGCACAGCCCAAACUGUUGGCUGAAGGUGUGCAGGGACGCGGGGGCAGCUCGCCCCGCUGAAAGAGCUGGGCCAAACUCCUGUUCCCUGUAGAAGGGGCUUCAUCAGGGAGGAGGUUCAGUGGAAGCAGGAGGAGAUAAACCAGUCCAGGUGUGCUGGAUUUGGCUCAGCUGUCCGGAAGGGGUGGCUGCAGAUGCCACCCGAGGUGGGGCUGCGGGUGGGCGUCCCGUCCUUCAGUGGAGACCCUGGGCAAAAGCUCCUUUACAGCCCGAGCAGGCUUUGAAAACUGAUUUUUAUCUGGCUGCUUCGGCAGCGUACCCUACCUGCAGCCUACCCGGAAGCCCAGCAGGAAACUUCCACUAAGUUACUUUGCGGGGUCUUAUCAGGUGGUUUGUUUCCUGGUGUGCGUGGGGUGGUUGAUCUUAGCAGCAGGGAGAGCGUCGGAGGGAGCACCCCGUCUGUUUGCAUGUAGCCAGCCACACCACAGCACCCUCAGCUUCUGCCGCAAACCCUGCUCCGACGGAGACCCCGGCUUCUGCUGAGUCUCCAACCUUCCCUCUCCCUCUGCAAAGCCGCGAUAAUGCCAUUAGCUACCUCGCAGGGGCGGUGUGGGGAGCCACGAGUUGCUCUUUGAGGCCAAGUGCUGUAUGAAUGUUCAGUAUUUGUGUUUUGAGACACCACGGGUCUUUUUCUAGGACAAUGGUGCUUGAAUUGGUUUUAAUUUACAGUAUGUUUUUUUUUUUUUUUCAGUAACCGUGCCAUGGUUAAACGUGUCUGUGUGUUAAAAUACCUGGGCAGUAUUUCAGGACAGGUAUCAGUUGCCUUUUGCUAGCAGCCCCCCGGCCUCUGGAGCUGGCCAGGAAGCAGUGAGACACGGCUGAGGGCUGGUGGUCACCCCCUUGCCUGGGUUUCUGUAGCUUGGGGGUUUGUCCUCUCCUUGAAGCGCACAUAGGACUCCUGCUAACGCAUCUAUUUGGCUCAUGCAUGCAAGACCUGAGACCUCUUUCCCCUCAUUUUGACCAUUCCCCCCCCCCCCCCCCCCAUUUCAAGCAUGCAGCCUUUGCACAUGGUGUUGCGUGUGCGCCCAGGCUCCUCACCCAGCACGUCCCUGGGCUGUUUUGCAGUAUUCACAUUCUCAAAGGUGGUUUGCUCUAAUUUUGGAGACCCAGCAAAUGCCCACUACCCAUUGCAUGACAUUUAGUGCCUGUUCAACAAGAAUUUGGGGGGCGGGGGGGAAAGGGGAGGAGGGGGUUCCUCCCCUCCAAGCCCUAACAGGCAUGAGCAGCAAGGUCCUUGGCCACCACCGAGCCUGGGGGAAGCCACCAGCUGGCUUCAGCGUCCUCUGGCGCGGGCAGACACGGGCUCCCUGUGUCCCACCAGCGUGCUUCUUGCUGGGAAGGUCUCCGACCUAAACCACUUGCCCCCCUGCCUCAGCCCCUCAGCAAAAGCCACCCUCGCCCCAAGCAAACUCAGGAAAGCCGCUCCCGCCACCAUUGCCCUCGCGUGACUCUCACCUUCCUGCCCUCCCUCUACUUCUAAAGACCAACGUUGUGGGUUUGGGGGUUGUUUUGGGUUUUUUUUUUUUUUUUUUUUUUGUUUGUUUUUUUUUAUUUUGGUUUGUAAUUGAGCACUUUGAGCGGCUGUGGCACCGGCGGGCAUCAGGAGCCACGGGCCGGCGCUGGGGACCAGCUCCCGCCUGGGACAGCGGGUGAGGUCGGGGGCUCUUGGCUGUGCACUUCAAGAGCCUGGCUGCCAUCUGCUUCUCUUUUUACUUGCUAUUCUUGUUUACAGCGUGAAACGCUUCCUCCGUGACUCUUUCUAAUGUAUUAUAAUUAUUACUUUUAAAAAUACAUUUUUAUGUCUGUGCUUUUUUAUUUUUUUUUUUCUUUUCCCUUUUGUUUUUCUGUGGGUUUUUUGUAAGAAAGUUUUUUUGGGGGGAAAAAAAAAAAAAAAAAAAAAGUCAUUCCUUUUUACGCUGAUCCAGACUGUCCAGAGUAUUUGAUGCUGUUUUACAUGGUUGUAAUGGUAACCGUUAAAGAAGUUGAGCAUAAAA